AUUUCAGUUGCAUACUCCUCUCCUGAAGUCCUGAUAUAUAUACUUUUCUCUCUUAUAAAAAUAAAACAUAUUUCGCCGAAAAUGGGAGACGAAAGGAAGGAGAAGAAGAAGAGCAGGAAGAGAAGCUCCUCUCUGUCUUCGAAUGAAGAUGAAGGAGGAAGAAGGAAAAGGCAGAGAAGUGACAAGGAAGAAGGAGACGGAAGGAGAAGUAGAAAGAGUGAUAAGAAAGAGAAGAGAAGGGACAAGAAGUCUCAUAGGCACCACUCUGAUAAAGAGAAGAAGUCCAAGGAUAAACACAAAACCAAACGACACAAAGGGGAUCGCCACUUGAAACCUGAGUUUCAACUGUCCAAUGACGAUUACUUCUCCAAGAAUAAUGAGUUCGCUACAUGGCUCAAAGAGAAGAAGAAAGUGUUUUUCUCUGACCUUACAUCGGAAUCUGCACGAGAAUUGUUUUCGGUCUUUGUCAAGGACUGGAAUGCUCAGAAGCUUGAAUCCCGAUACUAUGAGGGCAUUUCAAGUGGGCCUCGAAGUGCCCAUAACUGGGCACUAAAGCUUUAGAGAAGAAGACAGCGCCAGUGGUUUUGCUUUGCUUUGUUUUUGUAUCUGUAUGUCUUUCUAUCCUGUUCUACGGACACUGGAGAACUAGACAUUUUAAAUCAGCUCAUGCUAGAAUGUUGGCAUUUUGGGCCAUUCUAUGAAUUGCUUGUACUUGUAGGGCACACACUUGCAUGAUGUGUUCGAUAUGUCUUAAUCAUCAAGAAUAGUUGUUAUUCAACUUUAAAUCAC